AUGAGUUCAUCAAGUAGUUCUCCCGAACGUCCUCAUUCUUCUCGACGACGUGGUUCUCGUUCUCCAAUUCAAUCUCGUCCCCAUGUGAUAUCACCAUCAAAUGAUCGUGAAGGCGGUCAACGUGUGAAUUAUACGUCAAUAUGUGUCAAAAAUAUUCAUCCAAGAAUAGCUCAUGAUGAAUUAAGAAAACGUAUUGAAGAAAAAUUUUCAAAAUAUGGUCCAAAUACAAUAAAAAUUUAUUAUAAAAAUGAUGAACGUAUGGUAUUUGUGAAUUAUACAAAUUAUCAUGAUGCUAAACAUGCUCGUCAUGCAAAAACUGGUCUUGUUUGGGAUAACUGGAAAUUAAUCCUUGAACCCGUUUAUUAUCGACGAAAUUGUUCAGCUGAAGCCCCAUUAUUUGUUGAUUAUGCCACAAUGCCAUCAACAGGUGGUUCAACAAAAGAAUUAGCACCGUUAAAACAUCGUCGUGAUCAUUCUUCUAUGUCGCCCCCAUCAUCAUAUCAACAUCAUGAAAAACAUAAUAGUAAUAAUAAUAACAAUUCAAGCAGUUAUUCGUCUUUAUCAAAUGAUCCAUUGUAUGCAAAAAUAAAACGAGACAAUGAAAAAUUAAAAUCAAAACUUCAAGAUUUAAAACAAGAAAAAGAAACGCUAAAUAAUCAACUUAUAUCAGCAAAUCGUAGUUUAGCGAGAAAAGAUCAUACAAUUGCAAAACUAAGAAAAAUAAUUGAAGAAAAAAAAACCAGUAUUGAACGAUUAGAACAAAGUAGAGAUAAUGUAUCUAUUGCUAGUAAUGAGGGAGCACAUUCACCACCUCCAAGGGAGAAACGGUCAACUCAAAUGAGUGAUGGUGAAGAUGACAAUUCAUCAUUAUCACCUGUGAAAAAAGUUCAAAAAUUAUCCCCAGAUUAUGAUCAUAAUCAUGACCAGCAACAAACUACGAUCCAUGAUGUUCUUGCUAAUGCUACUUCUGCUGUUGCUAAUGUUAGUCCUGAACAUAUACUUCUUGAUUUUUUGGAGGAAGAUGCAAAAAGGCAAUUUUUGGAAUUAGAAAAUAAUGCUCAUUUCAAAGGACAAUUACGUGAAUUAUACAUAACGGGAGCGAAAAAACUUGACUUAGGUGAUGGACGAUCGGCAAUUAUUAUUUAUAUACCCGUACCAAAAAUAAAAAAUUUUCAACGUGUUCAUCAAUCGCUUGUGUCGGAACUUGAAAAAAAACUUAAUCAAACUGUUGUCUUGUUAGGACAAAGAAGAAUAUUACCAAAACCGACAAGAAAAUCAAAAACACAAUCGAAACAAAAGCGUCCAAGAAAUCGUACAUUAACCGCUGUUCAUGAUGCUAUUUUACAUGAUCUUGUUUAUCCAGCUGAAAUAACAGGAAAACGUAUACGUAUUAAAUUAGAUGGAUCAAGAUUAUUUAAAGUACAUCUAGAUAAGAAUCAACAAACAUUAGUCGAAACAAAGAUUGGUACAUUUCAGUCCGUCUAUAAAAAAUUAACCGGAAAAGAUGUUCAUUUUGAAUUUCCUGAUGUUCUUGUUUAA